AUGACCGACUCAGACGACGAAGCCCUCUUCGCAGCGCUCGAAAACGAAGACGACACAAGCUACCGUGACGCGCGAAUCCAACAACUAAACGAAGAAUUCGCCUCGCAAAAGAACAACCACAGCACAAGCCACAACCCCGGCAGCACCAACAUCAUCCAAAAUGAGAUCUACCCAACGCUCUCAACAGACCAGUCCGUGCUCGACUUCACAACCAACACAAGCCGCUGUCUAGUGCACUUCGCGCACCCGGAUUUCACACGGUGCGCGGUGAUGGACAUGCGACUCGGCGAGCUAGCGAGCGCGCACUACGAGGUGCGAUUUGCGCGGGUAGACGUGCGCAACACGCCAUUCAUUGCGGAGAAACUGGGGAUUCGGAUUCUGCCGUGCGUGAUUGGGUUCAAGGAUGGGGUUGGGGUUGAUCGGGUGGUUGGGUUUGAGGGACUUGAGGCUCGGGGAUUUGAUGGGGUGGAGGGGUUUGAGGCGAAGAAUUUGGAGAAGAGGUUGGUUGCUAAGGGGGUGCUGUUGCAGGCGAAGUUGGGUGGAGGGGAUGAUGAUGAUGUGCGGGAGGAUGAUAGUGGGGAUGAUGAGGGUGGGAGGAGGACAAUGAGGAGGGUCAAGGGGAAGAGGGGGAUUCGCAGUGGGAAUCCUCAUGUGAGAAAUCGGGGAGACGAUGACGAUGGGGAUUGGGAUUAA